CGAGCCAUCGCAGACCCUCUUCCCCAAUCUUCCCCUUUUCUUCUCUCCCUCUCUCCACUCCACAAAUCACAAGCUCGCUCGCUCGCGGCUCUGCUCAAACUCAGCCCCUUUUCCCCUUUUCAACUCAACUCCCUCUCCCUCCCGGCUUCGAUCCGGCUCAGAUCCCUCCCGCGCCGCUCCAUCGCUCCCUCACCCACUUUCUCCACGAACCCAACUCGAUUUCUACUCAAUCUUUCCCGCUAAUUUGAAUUUACCCUCCUCAUCUCACUCGCCCAGGUGGUUGAUUUGAGUUUCUGUGCGAGUUGGGAAAUGGGUUUCUGUUUCUUUGGCCGGAUUUCUGGAGGACCCUUUGUUGGGGGUGUGUUUUUGACAAUUGGGGCCGCGUUGGAAUAAGGACUGGGCCGUUGGAGUUUCGGCUUUCAGUUCCAUGUAUUUCGGGACAGGGACUGUUAGUGGGAAAGCGGGAAACCAAAUGGACUGGAGUGUGAAUAAUGGAUUUAAAACAUUUAAAGAUUUGGAACCCAAGUCCGUGAUGGAUAUGUCGCUCAUACCAAACAUUGACCCAAUAGAUAUCGGUUUGGGUUCUUCUGACAAGGGGAAUCCUAAUCCUUCAGCAAAGCCCAGAAAAAAGACCAUGACAUCAGUCUAUCUCAAAUUUUUUGAAACUGCUGCAGAUGGAAAAAGCAGAAGGUGCAAGUUUUGUGGACAGAGCUAUUCCAUUGCAACAGCUACUGGCAAUUUGGGAAGACACCUAAGUAAUCGGCAUCCAGGUUAUGAUAAGUCUGGCGAUAUUAUAAAUAAUCCCGCACCACAGCCUGUCACCAUAGUCAAGAAAUCUCAACCUCAAGGGAAACCGCAACAGAUUGAUUAUGAUCAUUUAAAUUGGUUGAUAAUUAAGUGGCUUGUAUUAUCCUCUCUUCCUCCUUCAACCUUGGAAGAAAAGUGGCUGGCCAACUCCUAUAAGUUUCUCAAUCCAUCUAUUCAACUAUGGCCUGCUGAAAAGUAUAAAACCGUAUUUCGGGAAGUUUUCAGAAGCAUGCAGGAAGAUGUAAGAGCCUCUUUGGAACAUGUUUCAUCUAAGAUCUCAGUCACUCUCGAUUUCUGGAAUUCAUACGAUCAAAUUUCUUUUAUGAGUGUUACAUGCCAGUGGAUUGAUGAAAACUGGUCCUUCCAAAAGGUGCUUCUUGAUAUCGCUCACAUACCUUAUCCAUGUGGAAGUGCGGAGAUCUUUCACUCUCUUGUGAAAGUUCUUAAGGUGUAUAACAUAGAAAAUAGAAUCCUUUCAUGUACUCAUGAUAACAGUCAAAACGCAAUGCAUGCCUGUCAUGCUUUAAAAGAGCAUUUGGAUGGUCAGAAAGUCGGGCCUUUCUGUUAUAUUCCUUGUGCCGCCCGUACUCUAAACCUGAUCAUCGAUGACGGAUUAAGAACCACAAAGCCAAUCAUUGCAAAAGUUCGGGAGUUUGCACUAGAAUUGAAUGCCUGCUUGGAUAUCUCUGAGGACUUUGUUCAAUUUACUGCCGUUUACCAAGAAGGUAAUUGGAAGUUUCCACUUGAUGCUUCAGCAAGGUGGAGUGGAAAUUAUCAGAUGCUCGAUAUUGUACGCAAGGCAGGGAAAUCCAUGGAAGCUGUUAUCAGGAAGUAUGAGGAAACACUUGGAAGCAAGAUGCUUUUGAACACUGCCGAGAAGAACAUAGUUAAUAUUAUGCAUCAAUAUUUAGAACCCUUUUAUAAGACCACGAACAAUAUAUGCACAAAUAAGGUUCCAACUGUUGGGUUGGUUCUAUUCUUUAUGGAUCACAUUUCUGAGACUAUUGGUGCCUGUAGAGAAUCUCGGCACAACCCGGACUGGCUAAAGAGUGCUGCAGAAGAUAUGGCCAAGAAAGCAAAGAAUUACAAUCAUCAGGUUUGCAACAUUUUCACAUACAUGACUGCAAUUCUUGAUCCUCGAAUCAAAGGAGAGUUGAUUCCAGAGAAUCUUAACUCGGCAAACCAUUUGGAGGAAGCCAGAUCUCAUUUCAUGAGAUAUUAUUCUUCCAACCAUUUUCCAUCAAUGACCAGUGGCUAUAGUGCACAGGAGAUUGAGGAUGGGGGAAGUGUCUCUUUCGCUGAGGAAAUUGCUAGAAAGAAGCGAAGGGCGAGCAUGAGCAACGCGACUGAUGAGCUAACACAAUAUUUAUCAGAGCCUCCAGCUCCAAUACCAACAGAUGUCUUAGAAUGGUGGAAAGUUAACAGCACACGUUAUCCACGACUCUCUGUUAUGGCUCGAGACUUCUUGGCCGUGCAGGCAACUUCACUGGCUCCUGAAGAAUUGUUUUGCGGGAGAGGUGACGACAUCGACAAACAAAGAUAUUGCAUGCCUCAUGAUAGCACAACAGCUCUCCUUUGUAUCAAAUCAUGGAUUCAAAGUGGUUUCAAGUUGAAAUACAGGUCUAGUGAGAUUGACUAUGAGAGGUUGAUGGAAUUGGCUGCCACAUCAACUGUUGAUAGCAGUACUGCUGGUUCGGACAAGAAAUCGAAAUGAUUUUGUAACCAUGUCGGAGCUUGGAGACACCCAAGACUCGAAAGCCUUCGAAUAUUCUUAUAGAGGUGCAACGCCUCUUAUGAUCCAAAGAAGGCAUAAGACUCAGAUGGGGCCUUCGAGCGUAAGCCUCGAACACGACUUGCAAAACUAAAACCUGUUCUGAGCUUUGAAGUUUUUAAUGAAAGAUCUAGAGGCUGCCAAGUAGAAUUCUUGAUAUGGAUAUUUCUCAUAAUAGUAAGUAAGCUGGAGAAAUUAAGGGUGCUGUAGUCUAGUUACUGAGAAAUCCUACGAAGGUUAACAUGGCAAAUGUCAAAUUGAUGAAUCUCCCUAUAGGGCAGCUCUUUAAACAUUAGCCAUUUCACUUGGAAAAUAAGAAACCAACAAGUGAGUUAACCCUCUUAUUUCAAUAUUAGUGGAAGUUUGGUUUUCUGGACU